GAAUUCAAUUUUAAAAAAAACAGUCACGGAAGGAAGUUUCCAAAAGAUCCAAAGAAGCAAGUGCCCUUCGCUCAGAAGAGGGCAAGAGCCAGUAGACUCCUAAUGCUACUUCUACAAUCUAACUAAACUUUCUCCCACCAAACGAUCAAAUCAACAUGACAAGCAUGCCCGACACUGGUAAUGGCAACUUACUUUGGACUCUUGGAGUGGCUGGUGUGGUGGUUGGGAUUGGAGCCGCCUUGAUGGGAGGACGGAAAGAAGACAAGAAGAAAGAAGAAGAGUCUUGGGAUUCUCAUGUAGGCAAAGAGCACGGUAGUUUGGAGGAAAUCUUUCCGGAAAAGCUCUAUCGCUUGGAAGCUCCUGGAUGUGAAUAUGGUCCUCCCACACGCAACAUGAUUAUCUAUCGCAUUCUUCCCUCCAAGCAGACAGAAGACAAGCCUCGUCUCUUGAUCUUUAACGCCAUUGCAGUCGGAGAACACGUCCUGCAAGAUAUUCUGCAAUUGGGAACUCCCACUGUCAUGGUCAUCCCCAACGAUAUGCACCGAUGUUGUGCCGCCGUCUGGAAGAAGCGAUUCCCCGAAAUUUCCGUCGUGUGUCCGCCCAAGGCCAAGCCAAAAGCCGAAGAGGUAGUGAACGUGAGUUGUCGAUUGCUGCAAGAAUUGGCCAUGGAACCAGAGUGGAUGGAUUGGAUCACGGUGCGCCAUAUCGAUGGAUGGGUGGAAUUUGAAGAUGUCCUAGAAGUCAAAUUGAGUGAUACCAAAAAGGCCAUGAUUGUGUGUGAUUUGCUCUUUACCAUUCCCUAUCAACAAGAUUCGGGCAUGGGAGGCAAGUUCAUUCAGUGGUUGUUCGAUUCGAAUGUGGACAGCAGCAAUAACGACGACAAUACCCAAUUGACCAUUCCCAAAGUAUCACGAGUUGCCAGAAUCUUUGGCAUUGCCGAUUGGAAAAAGGCGGAGCAAUGGUAUCGAAACUACGCGGACCAGUCCGUCUAUGCCAUUCUAGUGGGGCAUGGUCCUCCAGUCGUAGAACUGGAUGCCACCAAGGGAUGCACAGACGCCUUGGUGGGGGUGGCAGAUCAGCUCGUCAAGCCAAGGUGGUAGCAAACUGAAGUACAUGUACCUGCAGUUCUCUAUAUAGAAAAGGACCGAUGUACGUAGCGAGAGCGACUGGAGCACGUUUGGUUUGAUUCUGCACCUUGUAUCUACCAUGGCCAAUGCAUCCUACUAGUUUGUAACAGGUACCAGUAUAGUGGCGUUCUUGUUGGUUUUAGAAAC